CAGCCGCGAUGAAGUGUUUUGCGACAAUGAACUGUACUGUUAGUGACAGCAAAAGGGAAAAGCAAAUGGGUGUGUGUUCCGAUAGUACUGUACUUGCUAAUUCAAUAAAUAAGAUUUGAGGAAAAAUCUGAAGAACUUACUAUCCAACAGACAGGCUGAAGUUAUACAUAUUACCAAAAGUAGUAGAAUGGCAUCUCCACGACCCGUAAAAGGUAUUUUGAAGAACAAAAAUAGUGGGUCUAGAGGUAAGGCAGGCCCUCAACUACAGCAAGUCUCACCAGUGGAAACUGAGGAUCCAGGACUCCUGGACGAGAAGAAAUCGCAGAAAUGGGACGAAAUGAACAUCCUUGCAACCUACCAUCCUGCAGAUAAGGACUAUGGACUAAUGAAGAUUGAUGAGCCCAGUACACCCUACAACAGGAUGGUGGGAGAUGAGGAGGACGAGGGUGCUCUCAGUGACUCUGAUUCUAACACGGCCCUGACUGCGGAUGACCUGGCCAGAAAGCUGGCUGCCGCAGAGGGAGCCCAGCCCCGCUUCAUGAGGGAGGAGGAGGAAGAAGAGGAGGAGAGCAGUGAGGAAGAGGAGGAGCAGCUGAGCCCAGAAGAGCAGGCAAAAAAGAAGCAUUUUCAAAUGAUGAGGAAGAUGCACUACAAUGAGGGCCUGAAUAUAAAGAUGGCCCGGCAGCUCAUAGAGGAAGAGGACGAUGAAGACGAGGAGAUGAAGGAGGACACGGAAAUGGAAGAUGUCAGCGAGAACCCCCCACAGGAUGCAGAGUCACUGGACUUCUAGCCGAUGAAGCGAUCGGCCCUCUCAACUUUUUUAAGACUAUUAAAAGCCACAGAGUGCAGCUUCAGCGCUGGUGAGAGAGGACAACCCGCUGCUUCGUAUCCCUGCCAUUCACAUCCAUUAAUAAACACUGCUAUGUGAAGCAACAUCAAGUGCGUGAACCAACCAGCUCCUUGCUCUUCUGUUUUGAGGGCAGCUUUAAUGACCACUAAAAGGAUUGGAACUUAAAGGCUGUUGUCAGCCUAGACUUUCCUCAGCUUACCGCAGGGCUGGUCAGUUGGCUAGACUCUGCUGUAAGGAAUCUCUUUCACAACACCGCAAGGCACGAACUGGCUUGUUACUGAACUGUCAUAUUGUCAUUUCACCAGCAGCAAGAAGCAACAUUUGAGACACUGCGGAAUUCAUUCUUUUUCUCUUUUCUUUUUCUUUUAUUUUGUUGCUGUUUUCCAUCUUUAAAAAACCCCCAAAAAAACAAGAUGUGGCUGCAUUGGUUUCACACACCAUGCCAGUACAGAUGGAUAAUCUAGCAAAGCCUUUCUUUGAUUUUCAGUGUACAAAGCAAUGCAUGCUUAAGUGUGAUCACAAUUUGUCCUUUCGUUUUCCACUGGCACUACUGAUAUAUUUUUCCUUUAAAUUUCUAAAGGGGGCAGCACACAUAUGUAAAUCCUUGAAUUGUAUCAACUACUGACAAGUGGCAUUUCUGUCCCGAAUGUUGAAACUGCUGCUUGUAUAUCAUGCAGAGUUAUGACCUAUUAUUAUGGCCUGGCUAUGACCAACAUGAAAGGUAAUAUAGAAUAACGGCAAAAGCGGGCAUUUUAAUUUAAAAAUGUCAUUUGCUCUCCUUGUAUAUGAAGAGACUAAAAUGUUUUCCAUUUUUAACAUUUUCCAUCAUGUCUGUUUCCAUGAGAAAACUGAAAUGAAAUUGUCUUGAAUGCUCCUAUGGGAUAAAUGCUUUUAUACUGUAUUUAUUGGCAUAAAAAUGAAGACGUGCAAAUUAUCAGUUAGUCAUUUGAAUGAUCUUUUCCUCCGUCAUGUGAUUUGAAAUAUCUGACUGGGACAAUACUUGGGUAGUUAAUCUGUUUUAUGUACAGUCUGUUCAUGCACCAUACAUAUUACAAACCCCUUUCUUGAUCAGGUUACGUGGGUUUCUAUUGUAUGAGGCUUGCAAUGUUUUGGCACAUACCAGUCUGGAAAUGUUCAAAACUAUUGAGAUUGUUGAAAGGUACCGGUACCCGAAGUAUCGGCGGAAUAAACCUCACGGAACAAGUCC